AUGACAAUAUUACAAAAGCUUUUGAAACACCGUCUUUUCAAAGAUACGAUAAAUUUAAUUAAGGCUGGUCACGUGAUGGAUCAUUUAGAUAUUGUAAGGGUCGAUUCUUCAAAAUCUAAUGACGUUACAGUUGAAGUUAAUUGGUACAGUGGUUGGACGUCGCGUUUUUACUGUGAACGACAAGCUCAUUUAUCAUCCCAUCUGUCUCACGCACAUCUUAAAUUGCUUCUCUUGACACACGUUUUUGAUUAUCUCGCAACAUCAAUCGUUCAGCCGCAACUUCUGACAAACGGGUCUAAAGUUGUAGACAAACACAGAUGCAGAAAAAAACCUCUUUUGUUGAAAAGUAAUUUUAAUCAAUGCUCAAAUUACGUGAGAAAUUGGAAAACCUAA